UUCUCGGCCGAGAAUAAGUCUUCCUGGUUUCAUGACAGAGUAGUCUGCCUUCCCCUUUAAAUUGUAUUUUGGACCAAUAUAAAAGUUGUGGUCAUGGAUUAAAUUAACUAACACGGUUUAUUGUGGAAGAUUCAUUUAGGAGGCAAUCCUUAUAAUUUCGAAGCGUUUCAACGCAUCAGACUCGUCUGCUGGUUUUAAAGCAGGAUACCCGGUUGUGGAAUGGCUUUGCUGACCUUGCACAGAACACCAUCUAUUUGCACGACACCGGAUGAGGCUAUCCCAAGACGAGGAAGACUUCAGAAAAGAGAAAGUUUCGCCCUGGUUAAGGGGGCAGUGCUCCUGGUGGAAGAGGGAGAGAGGGACGGAUUACAGGAAGAAACCAUACCCCCUCUACUUGGUCCUAGGCAAGGAGGCCAAGCCUCUGACACUCAGCGCAGACAUUUGCAUGCAAUGAUUUCGUUACUACGACCAGAGGACACAGUCAAACUGGCUGUGCGUUUGGAGUCAGUGAGCCCAGUCAGAUUGAGAUAUUUGCUUAUAGUAGGCACACUUGACAAAAAACAGGAGAGUCUACUACUUGGCAUGGACUUUCCAGGCCCAAACAGUGAUGAGUGCACUAUUGGCCUUGUCUUGCCAAUAUGGAGUGACACACAGGUCUACCUAGAUGGAGAUGGAGGUUUCAGUGUGACAUCUGCAGAAGUGACACGAAUCUUUAAGCCUGUGUCCAUUCAGACGAUGUGGUCAGUGUUGCAGGCGCUGCAUGGCUGCUGUGAACGGGCCGUGCGUGGAGCUGUCAUACCUGGCUGCGGGCUGGAGUGGGCACAGCAUUACAGAAAAAAUGUGGAAUCUGACCAGCACUGCCUUAAUGAAUGGGGGGCUAUGACUGGCCUGGAGUCAGUCAGGAAGGCCACCGUAGGAAGUUCAUCAUCCAAUCGGGAGUCAGUGGAGAGGGAGAUCAAAACCCAGUUACGAGAUAUCAUGAGAACUGAGGACUUGGAAAACAUUACCUCAAAACAGGUGCGAACAGCCUUGGAGUCCAGAAUAGGCAUAGACAUGAAGGACUACAAAGAGUAUAUUGACAAUGAGAUGAUGGUCACGAUGGCACAGAUGGACAAACCUUCCAGAAUCUUGGACUACCUUUACUUGGGUUCAGAAUGGAAUGCUGCCAACUCUGAAGAAUUACACAAGAACAAUGUGGGCUACAUCCUGAAUGUUACCAUGGAGAUUGACAACUUUUUCCCAGAAUGCUUCACCUAUAUGAAUAUCAGAGUUUAUGAUGUGGAGGCAACCGACCUACUCUCACACUGGAACAACACAUACAUGUUCAUCAAUGAAGCAAGGAAGAGUGGACAGGCCGUACUGGUGCAUUGUAAGAUGGGCGUCUCUCGCUCUGCCUCCACAGUAAUCGCUUUCCUGAUGAAGCAGCAGGGCUGGACUUUAGACGAAGCCCUCAACCACGUGAGAGAAAGACGGCCUAUAGUGCAGCCCAACGAAGGAUUCCUCAAACAGCUGCAUACGUAUAGUGGCAUCCUCAGCGCCAGUAAACAGCGCCACAGUGCCCUCUGGAGGCGGAAAUCCAAGCCAGAGGUCCGUCAGCCGUCUGUCCACAACGAACCAGCCACAGGGAGUGAACAUGAACAGAAAGAGGAAGAAGAGGAAGAUUCAGAGAGCCCAGAAGAAGAGGAAAGCAGUGAUGAUGAGGGAACAGAUGUCUUUGAUGAGCAGUUGGAUGAGUGUGUUCCUGAUACGCAUGGGGCAGAGAAAGCCCCAUCCAACCCACUUAUUACUGUACAUGAAAGUGAUAAGGUGUCAUCCAGCCCCAGCAGAAGUGGCAGGAUGGAUUUGUUUUCUCUUAUGCAGUCUAUUCAGCUUGACGAUGAAGACAGAGACAGGAUCGAUAAAGAGAGACUUUCUCCUGCGCAACGAAGGAGGAGUCAUGGAAGAAGGGGCUUGACUUAUCAGAGAACACAUGUUGAUGUUUCCCCUGAACCAAGCAGCAGACAGUCACAGAACACACACCAGGAUGAAGCCGGUCUCUGAAGCGCUUAAAGCGCUUAAGAAAUGCGGAGAGGCGGGAAUAAAAAAAAAAAAAAAAACGAAAAGGUGAGGAAAAGGAACACAAAUAGUGAUGCUAAUAUAAAGGACACUCUUGCACACAAGUCUUAUCCUUCUGAUUGUAUCAUUCCAAGUUCUUUGAGGACUCAGAACAAAUCUGUUCAUAUAGUUGCUGUAUUUUUAGGUAAUUUCAUUUGAAGGCAACACACACAAAAGCACAUGGUUACAGAUCAAUGGAUAUCUUAGUAAUUGUCCCUCACCUGUCCAUCUAGCCCAAAAUUAAAAAAAUUUAGUCAGUUUCAGUUGGAUUGUUGAGAAAUUUACAACGGCUGGUUUCUGUCAGCCACCCUUUUUCAUGUGAGUAUUGAUAAAGGAACUGUUUUUCUCAGAGCAUUUUCAUUCAAAUUGUCACAUUGUGCCUUUUGAUAUCUCUGUAUCCUUUGCACCUUCAUACUGAGCCAUACAAUUCAGUUUACUUCACUGAUUUUAAUAUGGUAUUAUAGACUGAGUGGAGAAUUUUUUUUUUUUUUUUGGCUGUUAUUCUCAUACUGAAACACGAACAAUCCUCUCUUAUAGCAUUGUCUCAUGUUCUUAAUAAAUGAAUGAGUGUGAUCUCACUCAUUUUAGUCCUAUGCAAUAAUCUACUUUAUAGCUGUUUCCUCUCAAUGAAUGUGAAAUUUUACAGUAUAUUGCCUCUGUGAAGAUCAGUAGGUGAAAAAGUGUUGAGAAAGCAAUCGAAGUUUGGACGUUUUAGUAUUCCCAUGUAGACUACUGUUCAAAUGUUUGGGUCAGUAAGAUAUUAUUAUUUUUAUUAUUUUUUUAUUUUUUAGUACUUUUUAUUCAGCAUUAAAUUGUUUGAAAGUGACACUGAACAAAGUGUAACAAAAGAAAUUUUAAAACUUAAUAUAAAAAUGUAUUCCAUGGUUAAAAUAAAAAUAUGAAGCAGCACAACUUGUUUUCAACACUGAUAAUAACUGUUUCUUGAGCAUUCAAUCAGCAUAUAGAAUGAUUUCUGAAGACCAGAGUAAUGAUGAUUGAACUUUGCCAUCACAGGAAUACAUUAUAUUUUAAAACGUAAAAAUGUUAUUUUAAGCAUUACUAUAGAUCAUAAUAAUACUCAAUAUUACUGUUUUUAUUGUAUUUUUUUUUAUCAAAUAAUUGGAGGCUUUGUGAGAGACUUCAUUCAGAAACAUUAUAAAAAUCUUACUGACCCCAAGCCAUUGAACAGUAGUGUAGUUAUUAGACAGAUGUUGCUAUUCAUGCUAUAAUCAUGUGUCAGGCAGGUGUGUUUUUAAAACUUGGAGCUAUUUUCCACGUCUUUUUCAAUAAACAGAUGUUGUCUGAUAUUUGUUUUUAACCUGUACAGUAUGCAGGAAACAACCUGAGAGGAAACCUGAGUAUUUUCCUAAAAAAAAAAAAAAAAAAGUGCCACACUUAUUUAAUCUGUUUGUCAUUUUGCAUGAUGGUUCAGUGCCUUUAGUUUAUAGAGGUGGACCAAAAUAACUACGUUUGUUGGUUUUAAUAUUCAUGCAGUUAAAACUAACACAACUAACUCCUAUUUAAUACAUGUGUCUUUAGCUAUAGGGGUGGUUGAUUUGUGUCUUUGCAUGAUGUCUCAUAACUGUAUGCAUGCUGUUUGUACUGUAUGUAAGCCUGUCUUUGUGAAGCACGAGUCCUGUAUGUAUAAAGUAUAUAUACAAUCUGCUGUAAAACAAUUGUUAAAAUGUGUAUAGUCACUGCACAAAGUGCCAAUGUUGUGAAACCAAAGUUGUUGUGGAAUGUUCAUAGUAUCGAGAUACCACUGGUUUUGCAGUUAUUUUCCACGAGAAUGUCUUAAAUGAUGUAUUAGUUAUAGAUGAUGGCUCACAGCCUUCAAAGUGCUGAUUUUCCUCACCUAAUGUACAAUGUGCCAUGCCUUAUCAACUUCAAAAAUGGUGAUUUAUUUUAUUCUAAUGUAACUCAGAGUUCCAUUGUUGGUAUCAGACGGCGUUAAAUAUCAAAGUUGCUGUUGCUUUUUUUUUUUUUUCUAUUUAUGAUUUAAACGUGUAUCUUUUUAAUUUGAUAUACAAGGUUGUCUGUGCUUUAAAAAUUAAAAUGAAUUUAUAAUGGGAGCUUGAGAAAUAUCUAAUGGACCAUCUCAUUGUUUUUGCAUCACUUUGAGUGUUUCAGGUUUUAAGAUAUUUCUAUUCUUCAUAUUGCUAUUGUAAAAGAACAUAUAAACUAGUGCUUUAUAGAUAUUGCUGGAAAUUAUGAUUCGAACUAUAGAACUAAGUUGUAAACAGCAAUAUUUUUUUGAACAAGAUGAACAGAACAUGCAUUGUAUCCAGGCAAGAAUCUAGGGUUUAUGGAUUGAUUAAAAUGUAGACAGAACUGCAUUAAUCUUGAAUGAUGACAAAUAAAUAACUGUUUGUGUUGGUCAAUUGGAA